AUGCCGAGCUGCCAUCCCCGGGUCCCUCACUCUGUGAUUUUUUUCGUGCUGAUAUUACUUCCAUCUCUGCUUAGCACAGAGAACUUCCUGUACCAGCAUGUUGACUGGAAAAACAACCAUGAACUUGGCUUGGACCCCAGAACUGUCUACCGCGAAGACCAGAACCCAAGGCUUAUGUGGCCCCGAAAGAACUCGAAAUUUGAACCAUGCCAGGUCACCCCUGACAUCUACUUCGUUAUGGAUAAGUCUCGUCGCAUGCUGCACGGCUGGCAACAUGUUCCCAAGUUUGUGCUGGAUAUGGUGACAAGGUUAUCAAACCAGAAUCUGCGGGUAUCCAUGAUCUCCUACUCCUGUAAGGGCAACAUCCUCCUGCCCAUCACUGGGGACAGACAGGAAAUGCUCAAGGGUAUCGAAAGAAUGAAGAAUACCAUAACCACAGGACACGAGCAAGUUUACCAAGGGUUGUGGAAGGCAAUUAAACAGAUGAUAAAGGCCAACAGAAGAGGCGACGGGAGGCCCAGCAUGAUCAUCUUCUUGCUCAACGGCCCUCUAAGCAAUCAGGCCUAUGGGUAUUCACUGGAUGAGGCUAAUGAUGCUCGGAAAAUGGGAGCAACCAUUUACGGCGUGGGUACAGGCCAGUCUGAGAGAAAUCAGAUAAUAGGACUUUCGGGUGGCCCACAAUAUGCAUUUACAAAUAAGAGACCUGAAGAUCUGAAUGACCUCAUUAAUCCAUUAGCAUCCAAGAUCUGUCCAUCCCUUAAAACUGCAGUUACCCGCAUUAUAUGUAUAAAAGAAUCAAACCCAGUGGUACUUGAAGGAUACGGCUUUGACUUCGCCAGGCGUAAAGAAGAUGUUAUCUGCAGGUUCUACUUAGGAGGUUCUACACAUCUCAAAGAUGUCAACCCCAUCAAUAUAACCAAGACGACUGUUACUUGUCCUGGACCAAUUGUAGAUUCUGAAGGAAACGCGAUCAAUAUUCUACUCAGCCUGGACAACGGAAAAAACUUCCUGAAUAACGGUUUAUACGUUGCCAGUAGGAUAUGUAGCAAAACUCCACUAACUACAGUUAAAACCACCGGAAAAACUACAACCAUAACUACAACAAGGAGGACUACCACCACAACUCCAUCUACUACAACUACUACACCCACCACCAUCACAGAGAAACCGAAGCCAAGCGUCGAUAAAUUCAUUUUUGUCCCUAUACUUCUGGGCCUGCUGCUGUCGAUGUUGCUGAUUGGUUGUUGCUGGCAGCUGUGCUGUGUUCCGUGACCUGUAAAGGAGCUGCCCCCACCUCAGCCCCGACCACAGCUCAGAGAGAAGGAACAACCUCCUCGGGUGACUCCCCCAGCACCCACAGUACCUGUAAACUCAACCUCCAUUGUGAUCAUCUGCUGUUGCACCUGCCGUGGCCUCUAUGUGAGCAGAGAUGUGGAGGGCAAUGUGACUGUGUGCAACUUCAAUCCCCUAUGCUAUCCCCAGUUGUCAUUGAUAUGGCCUCAGUAUGGUAACCAGGGGUGGUUUACCAACGUGGCACUCGCGAAGGAACCCUGCGUUCCCAAGGUCAGCCUGCCACCCAGCCCAGAGUCUCUGCGUCUAGCUUCCUGCUCUCAGUGCCACCGUCUCCCAGAUAGGCGUCCCAGGCGUCCCUUGGGGUUGUGGCGGCUUGCUCUUCAUUCCUGGGUUCCCAGAGUGCCUCGGUCACUCUCACCUACCUAG